UCUCCUAAUCCUUGCAUGAAAGGAAAAGGGAAACACACACAUUGACGUCGCAUACUUAUAUAUACAGUACACACACAUACAUACAUACACAUGUGUUAUAUUAUAUCCUUUGUAUUUCUUAUUAGAAGAUAAUUAUUAUGGCUUGUUACUGGAGCCGUGUGUUUCCGAUAUACCUGCUCCUCGUCAUCGCCGCCGCCGCCGCUGCAGUCGUCGUCGUCGUCGUGCGCGUAUUUUCGUGCUGCGGAUCGCCGCCGCCGCCGCUGCCGCAGCCGUUUACGGUCGCGUUGGUGCCCUCCGACAUCGUCCGCCGCCUUCGAACCCAGCAGUCGACGUCGCCCCUCCCCCGCCGCCCCGCCCUCGACCAACCCUACCGUGCCGUCCUCCCCGACGCUGCCACGAAGAAGAAGAAGAAUAAUGAGAGUGCGAGGGAGAGGGGAAACGGUGACGGAAGCGGGGGAAACGAUCUAGACGCAGUAGAGAGGGACCUGGCGAGGGCUCGCGGGGCGAUACGGAGGGCCGUUUCCCGGAGGAGGGGAAACGCGUUCUCGGCGUUUCCCGCCCUUCACGGAGAACACGUGCCCCUACCAAACGUGUACCGAAACCCCGCCGCCUUUUUACAGAGUUACGCAGAGAUGGAGAAUCGGUUCAAAGUUUUCGUGUAUGAGGAGGGCGAGCCCCCGCUGGCGCACCACGGCCCUUGCAAGAACAUCUACACGACCGAGGGUCGGUUCAUCGAGACGCUGGAGUCGAUGACGCAGCAGUCGGCAACCGGAGUCCGGACGUGGGACCCACGUCGAGCCCACGCCUUCUUCCUCCCCUUCAGCGUCACCGAGAUGGUCCAGUUCAUCUACCUCCCCCUCUCAUACGACCACCGCCCGCUUCAGCGCUUCGUCGCGGACUACGUCGACGUCGUCGCCUCCAAGCACCCCUUCUGGAACCGCACCGGCGGCGCCGACCACUUCAUGCUCUCCUGCCACGAUUGGGGCCCCCAUGCUUCGAGAGGCCAUCCGGAGCUCUACACCAACUCCAUUCGGGCUCUCUGUAACGCCAACACCACGGAAGGCUUUCAGCCAGCAAAGGAUGUCAGCAUCCCAGAGAUCAACCUCCUGACGGGCGACAUCCCACACCAGCUCCUCUCCCCGCCUCCCGACCUCCCCGCCCGCCGCUUCCUCGCAUUCUUCGCAGGCGGCCUCCACGGCCCCAUCCGCCCUCUCCUCCUCCAACACUGGAAGGGCCGCGACCCCGACCGCCUCCCCGUCUACGAGUAUCUCCCAAAGGGACUCGACUACUAUCAUUUUAUGCUGCACUCGCGCUUCUGCCUCUGCCCCAGUGGUCACGAGGUGGCGAGCCCGAGGAUUGUCGAGGCGAUCUAUGCAGAGUGCGUGCCGGUGGUGAUCUCCGAGGGGUACGCGCUGCCGUUCGCGGACGUGCUGCGGUGGGAGGCAUUCUCGGUGUCGGUGGCGGUGGGCGACAUCCCGCGGCUGAGGGAGGUGUUGGAGCAGAUUCCGGCGGCGGAGGUGGAGAGUUUGAGGGAAGGGGUGAGGGCAGUGAAACGGCAUUUCGUGUUCAACCACCCUCCAAAGAGGUUUGAUGUGUUUAACAUGAUCUUGCAUUCAGUUUGGCUCAGGAGACUCAAUCUGAAGCUUGGACACUAGCUAAUAGUGCAUGCAAUAGUACUACUACUACUACUACUAU